AUGAAGGGGAGCUUACUCAUUUUUUUUGUCGCCCUGUUAACGUCUUCCUUUUGCUUCCUUGUUAAGGAGAAGGCUGUUUUAUUAGGAUUCACGAGGAACAACUCCAUCCAGGGGAGAGCAUUUAAGGGUCGGGGUAUUGGGAGGAAGUUCCAAACCAGAUGGAGCGAAAAGCACGUGUGUGACAAUGGGGGGGCGCUCCAGGAGGGAGUUGUGCCUACGCAGGACAGCUCCAAUGAAGUUUCGCAGGGUGAAUCCCUACAUGAGGGACCCCCCAAGGAGGAAACUCCCCUCCGGAAGAGGAGAAAAUUUCUGAACGCGCAGAAGGAGGACGAUUACUACCACCUAUAUCUGCACCACAUAUACAAAAAGGUAAAACUUAUUAAGAAGCAAAAGUACCUGUACAACCCUACGAAGUACGAAUCUGUAAGGUCCUACAUCAAGAGAGAAUUGAAGGAAUGCCUAGAUUUGAACACAGCCGCGUAUCUCUUCAAAGCAACGGAGUUCUAUGCGAAAGGCGUGUUGGACGUUUCUGUGUAUGUCAGCGAAGUGGUGAACCUGCUGAGCUUUUUCACCUUUAACGAUAAGUGCAACGUGGAGGGUGAGGAACGGGGUGACGAUAAGUGCAACGUGGACAGUGACCAGGAUGCUGACAAGGGGGAUGACAAGGGGGGUGAUGUCAGAGGCGAUGUUACAGAUGAGCAGGUAGGGGUGGAUGAAAACGCCGAGCAGAUCCUCAAGGGGAGCGCAAAGAAGGGGAAGACAAAAAUCAGCAAGCUGUUGCAGAAAGACGAGAAGUACAAGUCCUUCUGCCUGUUCUUCACCCGGUUGGUCGAUUCGGUGAGCGGGCUCUUCUGUUGCAUUGGAAAAAGAAGCAAAAGGGAAGAAAUUGUCACCUACCUGAAGAGGUCCAAUUUAACAGACAAGUGGCAAAACUACACUUCGGAGGACCUAAAUCUGGACACCAAUUUUAUGAUAUACGUAAUUAGGCUGAUGAAAUACAAGGACCCCAAUUACCUGUGCUCCUUGAGACGCCUGAAGGAAUACACGGUGGAGCAGGUAAAGGAGAUUUUCAUCAAUUGUAUGAGGGAUGGCUUGCUAGACUUGGACUACUUAACCAUUCUGCAGUCGGAGUUCUUGGACAGGGAAAGCUGCAGAGGGGAAAUGGCUACACGCAUCUUUGCUCCGUCAAGCGAAGGUGACAGUGCCCCCAGGGGGGAAACACAAAUCAAGCACGAGCAUCUGCGUAAGUUAGAGCAGAACUAUGAGGCACUCCUCAAAAAGUACACCUCCAAGGAGAAGGAACAGAAAAGGGGGAAGAUCAGCGAGGAGCAGUUGAAAAACGUCAUUUGCGAAAUUCUGGACAGAAAUGUAUUUCUCCAUAAGGGAGAUUCAAACAGGCAAUCGAAAAAAAAAAAAAAAAAAAAAAAUGGCUACCUAGUCGAUGAAAAUCUAAUCCGCAUGGACCUGCACGAAGUGGAGGAAGAGCGCCUACAGGAGGUAAUAAAAAAGUGGUGUACCGACGGUACCGUGAAUGUGAAUAAUUGUGCGAACGUAGUGAAGCGCAUGAACAAGCUGCUCGAUUCGCAUGACGUGAAUGUGAUGAUCCGUUUGAAGCAGCGUAAGGAUAACGGUCUCCCCCAAGGAGACACCAAGGAACACUGCUAUAACGGCAGCAACACACCGCAAGAAACUCCUAAAAUGAGUGACACCAGUGACAACACUGACGAUGACGUUAUAGUGAGGGACAUACGAAGUAGUAGGGAUAGCAAAGGAGAAGAAACAGAACACGCCGAUAAAAAAGUCGACUUGUCCGAUUUCUCCUUGUCAAAUUUGAAAAAAUACGUAACAUACAGGAAAGCACUAGAAAUGAAAAAAAAAACGGAAGAGAAUGUAACAGAGGAGAAAGAUGGUGGAGAGAAAAACAGCGAGACGGACCCAGAUGGACUGUCCAGAUUAGACCAGGACGUCCUCAAAUACUUCGACGUGACGCAAAAACAAGAUUCGGUCAUUUUUGAGAUGAAUGAUUUUAUUGUGGAGAGGGAGAAUUCUUUGUCGAAUUUCCCGCAGGAGGGGCAGCCCGUCGUGGGUGCGUUCCCGGGGGGGGUGGGGGAAAACUAUGACGAAUAUGAGGAGGACGAGGAGUCGAUGGUAGGGCAUGAUGGAGAAGAAGGAGAAACGGAAGAAGAAGAAGACUAUGAAGAAUCCGAAGAAGAAGUAAAGGAGCAAGUAUAUCCUGAGGAGGACAUUGAAGAAGAAUUGGACGAGGAGGAAAGUGCUGCUGAUGAGGAGGAAGACGAAGAAGCAUAUGAUGAAGCGUAUGAUGAUGAAGAGGAGGAGCAAGAGGAAAGUGAGGUAGAUGUGGAGGAGGAAAGUGAAGUAGACGUGGUGGAGGAAGACGUUUUGGAAGGAGACAACUUCGGUGGCGACUUGGCGGACGAGGAGGAGUCCCCUCGAGGGAAGAAGGAAAAAAUCAACAAAGACAAGAAGAGCCCAUCGGAGAAGCUCCGGAUGGAGCUCCGCACACGGGGGAGUACCAAGAGCAAACACAAGUUUGAAAAUCUGUUCCCAAAAAACUUUGAAGAGAAAAUAGACCUUCUAAUGGUUAUACUGAAGGAGGAGGAUAGAAACAAAAAGAAGGUGAUCGUGUGUGAAGAUGAAGAAGAAAGGAACAUGAUUCGAAUGAAGUGCACAAUGGAGGGAGUUGAAUAUGAACAGAUUAUUAGUACCGUAAAGAAUAUAAAGAGGUACGUGGAGAAGGGGGGUAACUUCCGUAGCGUGUGUUUCAUUCUGAUGAACGAGCUAGCGAGCACGCUGGACCUGCGAAAGCUGUGCAGUGGAUUAUCCGAACGGGGUGACAAGAUCAACGGUGAAAGAAGUGGCAACCAAGUUGGCAAGGGUGACGCACGUGGUGGUCACGGAAGCAACACCGACCAAGACAGCCAGCAAAGCACCCACUGCGACGUGACAAUCUACCACUUUACCGAGAACACUCCAAAGGCGCUGGCGCUGAAGAAGCUCUUCCACACGAUUGUUAACGGGGAAGAUAAUAUUAUGCUUUACAUGAGGAGUAGGAAGGACCGGGGGGAUAGAACCCGUGAGACGACCAAAGAGAGGCAAACCAACCAGACGGGCAAAACAAAUCACAGCGACGUCUUUGUCCCCUACCGGAAGAGGAUUCGAAAGAAGAAGCUUUCCAAAAGCGAGGAGAAGUGGUUGGCCUUCAGAAGAAGGACGCUGAAAAAAAUCGACGAAAUGAAGCAGAAAGCGCAUCUAAUUAAGAUGCGGAAAAUGAAAAAACGGGAUCAAAAGGUCAAAAGGGUCAUUACCAAGUUGAAGUCGCGCUCGAAGGUGAAGUCGAAAUCGCAGUUGAAGUUGACCAAAGUGGCAGCAAAAAAAAAGUAA